UUUGCUCAGUUACUUUGUAAGAAAAAAAAUGUCUGGCAAUUUUAAGCUUGUCUGGUUAGUAAUCUGUAUUUUUUCGAACCGAAAUCUCUGAAGUACCCGAUAGAGUACUUCAUUUAUCUCUUUUAGUAACUAAUUGUACUAUCAUUUCGAUGCUACAUUUGCAUUACAUUGCUACUUCAUAAAAUCGUACAUUUCGUGGCUCAGAAGAAUUAACUACAAAAUAUGUACCUAGUAUUGAAUCGUCAAACAUGACCAUCGCAACUUGCUACUAGUGCGCAAGCACUAAAUAUGUAACAAGUUUUACCAGGCCAUCAAUCCGCAUUGGAACAGUUAAGUCGUAAAAGAAAAGUUCAUUGACCAAUCUUGCAAUGUUACUUAGGGCUCGCGUUUAUUACACUCCCGAUACAAGGACAUGGGGGUAAAGGUGCGAUCAAAACAAUAUGUUAUCGGAGCUGACGAAGUGAUAUAUUAUAUUGUCGAUAUUCAUUGAUGUUUGUGCAGUCGUAGGGUACGGACGUUUGUUAUUAGAAUACUCGAUGAGUCAGUGACACGGGUGGCUGCCUCGACCGCAUGCACAGGAGAGCUUGAACACACGAUGUCAUAUAGAACCGUGAAUCGCACGUGACUCGUUAGGUCGUACUAAAUAAUGUUCAAUAAUUUAUAAAAAGAAAACCAAACCGUUAUGGAUCAGAGUUCAAAAAUGUCGACUGAAAAAAUUGCUUUAGUACCAAUGCAGAGGACUAAAAAGGUCGUGAAGCUAAUACCACCGGAUGGAGGUUGGGGAUGGAUGGUUUUAAUCGGAACAGCAAUGUCUAAUAUUGUGAAUCAGUCGAUGCUGUCCUUGUUCGGUUUAUUAUAUGGAGGCGCUUUAGAAGAAAUGGGUCACACCACACAAGGAUCUGCCAUUGUACUCAGUACGAUGUUGUUUGUCACAAAUUUGGCAGGUCCUAUAGCCGGUGUAAUAGUUAAAUUAACAUCCACAAGAUUUGUAGCAGUAACGGGUGCCUGUUCCUGUACUUUAGGAAUAUUUUUUAGUAGUUUUUCAACGAACAUCGUUCAUUUGAUUAUGACCUAUGGUAUAUUAUUGGGCUUAGGGCUUGGCUUCAUUCAAAAUUCGUCAUUCGUUGCUAUAAAUAGUUACUUCAAGAUCAGGAAGAGCCGAGCGGUGGGCCUUGCAAAUGUAGGCACAGGUGUGGGACAAACCUUAAUGCCUCACUUAGUGAGGUAUCUCUUGGUAAAUUACGGUUUCCGAGACGCAUGUCUGAUUCUAUCUUCAUUGAGCUUAAACGGGAUUUGUGGAACAUUGUUGAUGCAACCAGUAGAAUGGCAUCUGAAAAAAGUAGAAGAAGAAGUCAUUAUAGAAGAAAAUGUGCAAUUAUUAGAAAAUAAACAUAAGGAUAUUGUAAUAAAGAAGGAUUCUAAAAUGAUUAAUGAAAUAAAUGGUCUGAAUACUAAUAGACGUGCAACUGAACCUGAGGUAGAUAGAAAAGAAAAAGAAAUCGAAUGGAGUAACAAAAAAUUUCAGAGUCAUGAUGAAUUAAGUAACAUAAAAACGAGUGGCAGUGGUGUUAAUGGUAUCGCUACCCACGCUGUUGUAGCGCCACAAAGGAAAGGCUUAUUAAGUAAAAUAUAUGAUUUAUUCGACAUAUCAUUGCUGUUGAAUCCAAGAUUCUUGAACAUCAUAUUUGGUACAGCUCUCUCGGUAACAUCUAUACAAAACUUCAGUAUGGUGUUUCCUACAUUCUUGCAAAAAGUUGCUGACAUGGAUAUGCAGCAGACUGCGACGUGCAUGUCCGCAGUUGCAGCCGCUGAUAUUGUCGGUAGGCUUGUUCUGCCGACUUUCCAGGAUAAAUACAAGAUUAAAGCGAGAUGGAUGCUCAUCAUGACGUCGGUCUGGCUCAUUAUUGUACGACAAAUAUUAGCAUACCAAACUGAGCUGAACAUCCUCAUUGUAAUGUCUUGCUUAUACGGAUUUGGAAGGAGCAUGAUCAUCGUUGCCAGAAACAUUGCGAUAUCGGAGAACUGUAGAAUAGAACAAGUACCCGCCGCUGUGGGACUUGGAAUGUUAACUAUGGGUAUCAUAGUUCCUCCUGCGGGCUAUUUCCUCGGGUGGAUCCGAGAUUAUACUGACAGUUACAUUAUAUGUAUUACAGCACAAAACGUUUUCCUUGUGCUUUUAUUGAUAACGUGGAUCCCGGAUAUGUUGUUAUUAAAUAUACAGGAAAAAAGAGAGAGAAGGAAGACAGCUCAUGUAAUCCAGACUUCGUAGCAGACUUUCAAGAUAGGUAUAAAAAAAUUGUAGGCGUAGUAAUCAGACGAUAUUCUUUGCGUACUGCAAAAUGCAGCAAUGAAAUUUUAUCUUACAAUAGAAGUGGUGAGGAAUAUUACUUCAAUUUCAAGAAGGCAAGAAGCAAAUAUUGUUAUUUUCUGAAAAAUCAACAUUAAUAUUAUUGUUAUUUGUCAUAGAUUAUAUUAUUAUAUUAUUUAUUUAUAAGGUGUAAUAUUUUUGUACUGUAAUAUACAAGCAAAUGGCUGUGACAGUUGAAGAUGGUAGUUUUAAUGUAUGAUAGUGUAAUUAAUGCUCCUUGUAAAUACCAAAAUAUGAUUAAAUAGUUUAUAAGAGAAAUAUUUCGAUUUAAGUCAAAAAUGAAAGACCAUACGUUUUACUAAACUAAUAAUCAAAUAAUGAAGUGAAUGCAUUUUCCUUUCUAGUCUUACUCACUUUUACAAUGUAAAAUAAUUUAAGUCAUUUAAUAUAGCUCAUGUUAUAUCAAA